CUCUGACUCACAAGUAUCCUAGAGCUAUCUCAUCGAAAAUGUCUCUCAAGCUGAAGGUCCGCAACAUAUCCAGACCGCUCUGUCAAGGCCUUGAAAACGCACUUGAACUGGCCGGAAAACGGGAGACAGCACAGAGAUUCCGCCAGAUCCAACACGAACGCUUCGGGCUAUCCAGCAGCGAGUGCGAGAGUCUUCGGUCCUAUUUCAUAUACGAUGAGCUCAUAUGGAUUUCAAGACAACGUGGGAAGUCUCUCUGGUAUAUGAUGGAAGAUAUGAAGCCAGCGUCAGAAGAGCCUCCCGGCGGCGACGAGCCACCCGAAGGCUAUGAGUUCCUGCAUGCCAGUUUCAGGGAAAACAAGGGAGAGCGCCAGAGGGCAAUCGACGCGUUUGAAUCAGCAAGAAAACGGAUUAAGAAGUCACCUCUCUAUCGCGCGAUGAAAUCCCAGCAACAGUGCAGGAAUUGGCACCUUUCAGAUUGGCUGGUGUCGCGCUGCAAGGAAUCCGGCGGAUGCUGUGUGCGAGAAUGUCGCUGUUGUGACAAGAAUUCCUACGAGGCAGAAGACCGGAAGGGCCAUUGUACGCCUGCCUGUGAGUGCUGCCAGAAGGAGAAAGGCCUGCAAUUCCCUAUAGAUCUUGAAGGUUACCGGGAAGAGUUAUAUUUUAAUGUUGACCCUGCGGACUCGGAUGUUUUCAGCCGCAGGAUGAUGGAUCCGUAUGUUUGGGGGCUCUUGAACAAGAAUGAAAUUGUUCUUCAAGGGUGCUCCCCUAACGUAGUGGUAUAAUGAUAUAAUAGGGUUAAUACUAGUGGAACUUACCAAAGCAAGUACAAC